AUGGUCGGGUGCUGGUCUCCUACAGCCUUAGUUGAGCUGAGGAACUUGCGUUUUUACAUGGUAGGAAGCCGAUGUGUCUCCGUGGCAAAGUGGCUUCACUUGGUCACGCCAGCCUGGUUCUCCCAGCAGAUAGCACCACCGCUAAGGUGCCCGAUAGUGUGCGAAACAAAAGAUAUGCGUCCUGGGUUGUCAUUCACGGAGACUACGCUUGGCAGCAGCGCGGCAUCUGUCAACCAGGACAUAAGCUUUGGACGACUACUUCUUGGCUGCUCCGGCCCAGCCAAUGACAAAGGAGAAGAGGCAGCUGCCAAGCUGGAAGUCGGAAGCAAUGUGCAGUGGCGGUUGACGCAGGCAAAUCUCCAAGCGGGUGGGAGAAGUCUUCUGCGAAUUGGGGGUCCAGUGAGUUUGGGCAUGACUUGGCCUAAGACCGCAAUUCCCAAGUGCCUGAAGGUCCCGAGGGCAUC